AAAUGGAGGGUAAGCGAAUGGCAACAAGAAAUGACCCUAAGGGACAAGCGUCGGUAGCUUACCUUGAGGCUAGCCGGGCUGUGUCACGAGCCUUUACGGGGAGAGGAAUAGGCCAUGGGGGCCGUGAGGGCCGCCAAGCGGCAAACGCUAAUCAAGUGGGCUCGAUGUGUAACAUGAACACCAGGAGGAACGAACGUAGGCGUCAGGCGAGGCGAGAUCGGGCCACCUCCCAACGUGAUAUGACUGUCAGCCAAACCCAUCCUUGGGCAAACGACCAAGGAGGAGAAAGCACUCUUACGGCACCGGCAUCACCGGUGAAAAAGAAAAGGAACUCAAAGUGGCACACGUCCUUUCCUUACUCCUUAAGACCAUCCAAAUGUUUUAAUUGCUCUAAGAAACAUUUUGGAAAGUGCAACGAGCCCCCGAUGUGCUACAAAUGUGGGAGCACAACCCAUAUGAAAUUAAGUUGCCCAUGGAGGAGGCAACGAGAGACAUUGCAAGCCGAGGAAGGGCUCACCGUGGAAGGAAACCAUACGGAACCAACGAUGAGCAACGCUACGUCCGUCAAUCAAGGCGGGGCCCAAGCAAGGGUCUACGCAAUGACCGAGGCGGAUGCGAGAGCAAACCCGGACUCCGUUGCAGGUUGAAGCUAGGGCUUGCCACCUGCACCUUCCUACGGGUGACAUCAAAUCAAGGAAGACGUGGUUCGUGCUUCCUCAUUUUAUUUCAAAUUACCAACCAUUGCUCAUGGAUAUUUUUAUUUGUUAUAAACUAUUCUUUUGGGGCUUGCAUGCCCAUGUUAUUGGCCGGUUGUGGCUUAUGACUUACCGUUGAAUAUUUCCGCUAUUCAUUGGUUUAAAUGUGAUGUUGUUAUGUAUGUUUACUACUGAGUAUGGAUGGAUUAUUUUUCUCGAACGCCUUGUGUAAUCAAGUGAGGUUGACUCGCGGGUGACAUCACUUGAUUUCACGGCGGUUGUACACGCGCUUGGAUUGCGGUCUGGGGCGUGACAAAAGGAGCUGGGGAAUAAAAAGAUCCCAUUAGUCAAAGUGCUUUGGCAAAAUCACACCACCGAAGAGGCUACAUGGGAAAGUGAGGAAGUAAUGAGACAACAGUAUCCACACCUAUUUGGCUAAGGUAAAUUUCGAGGACGAAAUUUCUUUUUAGAGGGGAAGAAUUGUA